AGAUAAGACAUAUUAAGGGUGUCUCUGUGUGCUCCGUGGGUAUCUCUCUUGAUCAAUACAGGGCAAAAAUAGGAUCCUUCUCCCAACCAACGGACGCCCAUUCUCCACUCUCUUUGUUCAGAAACCUGCUGUACCUGAACUACGCGGAACUCUGUAACGUCCUUAUAACCAUGACUACACGGGUUUGCGAUGACGGCGGUGACGAGAUGACACUGUUUGACUUUAACGGCUUCAAAUACCCUGAUUUUCCAAGCAAAGUGCCACUCAGGAACCUAUCCAAUGUCAAGAUCAGAUCUGAUGACGUCCUUGUCUGUGCCUACCCGAAAUCAGGCACUCACUGGCUGUGGGAAAUUGUACGACUACUUCUGGCGGGACGACUGGACACUGAUAACAUCAGCAAAAUGGCCUAUAUGUUAGAAUUCACAAAUGAGGAUGACUACAGAGAUCUUCCAUCUCCCAGACUUCUCAACACGCACGUCCUCGUCAAGCAUCUUCCUAGGGAGGUGAAAGUCAACAAGCCAAAGAUUCUGUAUCUGACCCGGAAUCCAAAAGACAUAGCAGUGUCCUACUACUCCUUCAUCAAGAAACUACCAUUCCAGAAAUACUCUGGAGAAUGGAAAAACUAUGUUGAGCCUUUUUGUGAAGGCAGGUUUGACUACGGUUCCUGGUUCGAGUACGUCAAGGACUGGGAGGAGGUGAAGAAAACUGCUGGCAUGCCCAUUCUUACCAUGAACUUUGAAGACCUGAAACAGGACACAGUCGGUGAGGCCAAGAGGUUGUGUGAAUUUCUUGGUGUUGACAGAAGCGAUGAGUUCAUCACACAGGUGUGUGAGCAGUGUCAGUUUGAAUCACUGAAGAAGCUAAAGGCAACGGCAACUGUAACUGGACAAAUUGCAUAUAGAAAAGGUCAGGUUGGUGAUUGGAAGAACUGGUUCACUGUGGCCCAGAACGAGCGGUUUGACAGGUUUUAUCAAGAGAAGAUGGCUGAUUGUCCAUUGUCCUUCAAGUACACCACGCAGUAGAAAAGGAAGAGGCCACUCGUCUGUGGUGGCAUGAUACAAUGUUUGGUGGAACCAUUUUUCUGCUCAUUUCAGCCAAUAUUAAACAUGUUAUAGAACACAUCACGAUAUACAAGGAGAAUAAAGAUUAGUUUUAUUAA